UACAAAAGAAAGCGGUCGACAGACCGCCAUUACACUACACUGAAAUACUCAGAAAGGCUAAGAGGAGUGGGGCACGCACAGCUAAGGAUAGUUAACUAGAACCAAGAUGAGUCGCCUUCCUACAUAUGACGACGCGUCUGGUCAUCUGAAUAUCGCGGAUACUGAUGGCAACAACCCGCCUACUGAGGAAACUAUUCCUGAUGGAGGGAAUCUAGAAACUGAGGAAGACAAUCUGCGGAAUGAGUGCAACGAUUCCUUGUGUAAACCAGCUCCACCCCUUGUCUACAAAAUCAGCGAUAACCCACCCGUACACCUGGUCGUUGUCUUUGCUUUUCAGCAAGGUCUGCUGUCUUUCGCCAAUCAGUUGGCACUAACACUACUGGUGGCACAAGUUGUAUGUGGGGAGCAUGAUGCUGUCCUCCGUACAAACCUUCUUGGCUCCACCAUGUUCAUGAAUGGAUUCACCACAUUCUUUAUGUGUUGUUUUGGCGUCAGAUUACCCAUGUUCCAAGGUGGUUCCUACGAGUAUAUAGUACCUUUGGUAGCGUUACAAGAAAUUGACCCAGGCAGGUGUGACGCUGCCUUUACACUCGAACCCACGAACAACACCGACUUCAACCUCGGUGUUAACAACGCAUCAUUUUUCUCCAAUGCCUCACAGAUUUUGUCCCUGGCGAACAGCUCGGACCUCCAUAUAAACCAGGACUUCAUCUACCAUAACCUACAGACGUUGAUGGGCAGCCUGAUGAUCGCCGGAGCUAUCCACAGCCUGGUCGGUGUGACAGGUCUCAUUGGAAUUCUGCUCAGAUUUAUCGGACCUGUUACUAUAGUACCGGCCAUCUUACUUGUCGGACUAUACAUGUUCAAAAUAGUCACCAAGUUCGUCUCAGUCCAUUGGGGAAUGGGGCUCAUGACAUGUGCCGUGUCUCUGGUACUGUCGCUGUACCUCGCACGAUGGAAGGCGCCACUGCCAUUCUGGACGAGAUCAAAGGGAUUCCAUGUUAUACGGUCACAGUUCCACCAGACAGCGGGAAUACUAAUAUCACUAUUGUUCGGAUGGGCUGUGAGUGGUGUACUCACAGUGUGUGGCGCUUUCUCCGAUGAUCCAAAGGCGACGGAUUACUUGGCUAGGACAGAUGUGAUGUCGGGAGUUAUACACAAUGCCAGCUGGGUUCACCUCCCUUACCCAGGUCAGUUCGGCGCGCCGUCAUUCAGUGGCAGAGCUUUCAUCGGCUUCCUUAUUGCAACGCUGAUCUCUAUUCUUGACUCCGUUGGUGAUUAUUACGCAUGCGCACGGACAUGCCAGGUGCCUACCCCUCCGACGCACGCGGUGAACAGAGGUAUCGCCGUAGAGGGUUUCUGCUCCUUCCUUUCUGGAACAGUUGGCUGUGGCCAUGCCACAUCUACUUACGGUGGCAACAUUGGUGCAAUUGGACUAACCAAGGUUGCCAGUAGACGGGUAUUUAUGAUGGUUGGUGUCCUGUACAUGCUGUUUGGAAUAGUAGGGAAAUUCUGCGCCAUUUUCAUCACGAUCCCUUACCCAGUACUAGGCGGGACGGUACUGACAAUGAUAGGGAUGUUCACGGGAGUCGUCCUGUCAAACCUUCAGUUUGUCCGUCUCACAUCUAACCGGAAUCUCGCCAUCAUUGGUAUCUCCCUGAUCCUUGGGUUGAUGGUCCCGUACUGGAUGGAAAAGAAUCCGGACGGUAUUGACACAGGAAACGCCAACUUGGAUCAGUUAUUGGUGAUGUUACUAGGUAACGCAAACUUGGCUGGAGCCGUGACGGCCUGUUUACUGGACAACACUAUACCAGGUUCACGUGAAGAGAGGGGCUUGGUUGGCUGGGAGUAUAAGAAGCAGAAGGACGAGACACGUGAAGAAUCUGUAUUCCUGGAAGGAAUGGAGGUCUACGACCCCAUAGUCCCACGAUAUGUACGAGGAUGGAAAGGGUUUCAAUACAUACCCUUUAUGCCAGAUCACUUCGGCGAGACAACCAAUGAUACCACAGAGACAAACGGAAAAAGUUUUCAGAACGUCUGAACAAAUCUGUAAUACCCAUAGAAGUGCAGCUUACCUAAUACAACGGAUAUGUAAAUACGUAUAACAAAAACCAAUGAACAUACAUAUAUUGCUUUAAAACCGAAUAGCUCAUCAAUAUGUCUGAUAAAUUCUGUUUUCCGUCUGUAUUGCCAAUGAUAUGGUGUUUAACAUACAUAGAUUGGUUAUAGAAAUGUGUUUAACAAAUCAGAAUGCUUGUUCAAAUUUACCGCGGCUGACACAACAUGGCUACUCAAGGGGAACAUCUGCUAUCAGUAUGCAUAAAAAGUCCCGGGCCGUCGAUAGGGUGCUCGUAUACAUAAAGUAAGUGUAUGUAAUAGUUGUAUUCGGUGAUCUGAUGAAGCAUACCUCUUGAUUAAACCGUGGACUUCGUAUUUAAAGCUAUGUCCAAUAGAGUCAAAGUGUGGUGACCCCGAUACGUCAACUUGUCCGACUAAACAAAAUCGAGGAGAUUUUGAAGUUUCAUGCCCGAUUUCGUAAACUUAUAUUGAGAAAUUGGCAACAUGUUAUGGCUUAUUUUAAAGAUUGACCAUUUUUCUUCAAUUUAAGUCCUACUUCGAAAAAAUCAACCCAAUACAACCGAAGCUACGGUACUUAGACAUAAAUACAUCUGAUUUUAAGCCUGGGGGAGUUCAGAACCUUUCUCAUUUAUAUGUACUAUAUGUUAUUAUUUUAUAAAACGAGUCAAGCACCCGCUAACUAACUUCGGUUGCGCGCUUAAAUUCAAUUGCGUAAGAAUAUGUACAUAUAAUGUUUUACUUUUUUUACUGAUAUUGAUAGAAGACGAUUCUUCCCGUGAAACAAUGAAUGAUGCCAGUUGCCACAAAAGCAGUCAUUUUAAAGAAUGUUUUCAUGUCGUAAAUUUUACCUAGCUAACUAAAUCAACAACUACAGAGUCUUCCGUGCAAAAAAAAAAAAGAACGAAAAUGCUUGAAUAUCUUUCUUGUUAGUAAACGGCAUUACUAGGUUCGAUAUUGGACAUGGAAUCCCUUUGACCUCUUUAAUGCAGUUAACUUUCGUUCAAUAUUAAGUUUUCCUUGACCCAGUCGUCUCCCUAUAAAUUUGGAUUUCCUAUAGUGAGACAUAAAGUUUUAGGACAUAUGAAUAACGAGACCUUUUCUGUUAAAAUUAUUGUACUGAGCGAUGGAUUAUCAAGGUUGUACUUUACGUCAUAUACAUAUAUUAAAUUUUAUUUUAAGGUAGACCGACCUUUCGGGUUUCCUCUGAAAGAUCUCCUUAAUUUUAUUUGUAUUUCAAUGUUAAUUAUGCUCUUAUCACAAAAAGCACAUAAAAAACAUAUGUCACCACGUUCGUUUUACUACCAGGGCCACAUAAAGAUACGUAUUAAUUAGUAGCUGAACCCAUAUUUUUAAGGGUUUUGGUAGAUUUUAUCUUUCCCCGAUAAUAUUCACCUGAAGCAUAAAAAGAAGUUUAUAUCCUAUUUAUAUCAUCAGUAUGAGCAAUAUCAUUCAUAAUUAUCAAAAAAAAAAGAGAAGAUUCUUUGGGUGGUUAACAAAAUAUGGCUAUUUUUAUACGAAA